GGCACCGAUUCCUCGCCUGCAGCCUCCUGCGCUCCGACUCCCCGACGCCCCAAUUCCGCCACGAGCUAGACCCAGUUGAGCCAAUUCCUGGCCCGCCCCGCCGGGCGGCCGUCAACGUGAGCACCCUGGCGCGGGGCUCGGGGGUACGGGGCCCAUGGCGGGGAGCCCCUGCAAGCCGACCGCUGUUCGCAUUGCUGCUGCUUCUGCUGCUGCUGCCGCUGCCCGCCGGCGCCUGGUACAAGCACGUGGCGAGUCCCCGCUACCACACGGUGGGCCGCGCCGCGGGCCUGCUCAUGGGGCUGCGCAGUUCGCCCUACACGUGGCGCCGUGCGCUGCGCGCCCCUGUCGGACCUCUUGCCUGGGACACCCUCGGCCUGGGCGCGUCUCCCCAGGGGCCGUCUGCUAGAGACACCCUCUCCCCGACGCCCGCCGUCCGAGACGCUCUCCUGUUUCCCUCCGGGGUUCAGGCACUGUGGGAGGCGCGACGCAGGAGCUCCUGCGCAGGGCUCCCCGUCAAUGCGCCCCGGAGCCCGCGCCGGAACCGGAGCCGCGACUGGGCGCCGAUUUCUGGACCUCAGCGGAGCGGGCCAGAGCCUUCGGAGAGCCUCCCGCACAGCCAUGGUCUGCACAGCGAACUGCCUUCGCCGGCCCCCACCUCGCCGCAGGGCCGUCAUGAGCACAGCCUCUGCCCGCGGCGCCCCCGCGCCUGACCCAGGUGCGGUCCCUUCGGCCUCCAGGGCGCGCAGCUCCUGCCAUGCCAGGCUGUCUGGUCAAUAAAACCCGCCGGUUCCUGCGCCCCCGCGUGCGACACUUUUCCUCCAGGAUGUGUACUUUGCCAUCUAGCUUCGGGGCACAAACAGCCGCGCCCACGCCCUGGCAAA